AUGUCGCCGUUUCAAUAUGGAGUGGACUUCACUAUGAUCGGUGGUUUCCAGGCCAUGGUAGGGUUUCUGAAGGUCUUUGGAGAGCAAUCGCCAAAUACUUCGAUUGGAUGGAAUAUUCCACAUGAGCGCCAGCAGCUGAUUUCUUCGCUCAUGACGUUGGGUGCCUUUGCGGGAUCUUGCUCGGCUGGACCGAUCGCAACGUACGUUGGCCGGAAGACAUCCCUGUACCUUGCGGUCUUCUUGAUCUAUGUCGCAAAUAUCGUCAUGAUGACUACCGACUCUAUCGGCGGUCUCUAUGCUGGUCGUUUGAUCAUCGGAAUUGGGAACGGCUUUUUGAUGACAUUCUCUCAACUGUACAUCCAGGAAUGCUCCCCUGCCCGCUACCGUGGCCUCAUGCUAGGCGCCUUCCAAUUCUGGACUUCCUUCGGCUCCCUUCUCGGAACGAUAAUUGACAACUUUACCGCCAAGAUAGACGGCAAGAACAGCUAUAUAAUUCCUCUGGGACUGGUCUUCAUCAUUCCCGCUUUCUUGUGCGCUGGUAUGUUCCUCGUCCCCGAGUCUCCCCGCUGGUUGCUUCAGCAGGACAAAGUCGAGGAAGCACGCAAAGCGCUCGUGUGGCUCAGGCCGGAUCAAGAGACAGUAGACAAGGAGAUGGAUGAUAUCCAAACUGCAAUUGAGCUGGAGCGGGAUAUGGCCAAUGGUGUGUCUAUUUGGGAUAUGUUUGCUAACCCCGUUGAUCGACGCCGGACGAUCCUGGCCGUUGCGGCCGUGUCAACCCAGGCUGCCUCUGGAGCUAUGUACAUGAUUGCUUACGGUACUUACUUCUUCGAGAUGGCUAAUGUCGGCAACGCUUUCGAGAAUAGCUGCAUUCUCACUGCCCUCGGCGUAGUAGCCAUCCUGAUCAACAUUGCAGUCAUCACUCGCAUUGGACGCCGCAGACUUUUCCUGACAGUUGGUUUGAUCAUCUGCGGUUUCAGCCAGCUUAUUGUCGCAAUCAUAUACACCAUCCACCCAGGUACUCAGGCCACUGGUAAAGCAAUCGUUGGUCUAUCUGUCAUUUUUAUUUUCGCAUACAACGGUAUGAUCUCGACCUAUGCUUGGGUUUCGGGUGGAGAGCUUCCAUCUCAGAGAUUGAGAUCGUAUACAUUCGGGUUUGCCGCGGCAGUAGGAUUCUUAGGUGCUUGGUUGGCCACUUUCACCGCGCCCUAUUUCAUCAACCCCGACUCCAUGAACUGGGGUCCAAAAUAUGGGUACAUUUGGUUCCCAUCCUGCUUGGUCGCUGCUGCCUUUAUAUACUUCUACCUCCCUGAGGUUAAGGGCCGGACCUUGGAGGAGAUUGAUGAAAUGUUUGAACAACGCCUUCCCGCUCGCAAAUUCUCGUCCUACAAGUGUGUUGGGCCAGCCGCACUCGAACAGAGACUCAAGGCUGCAGGCAAUCUGGCUGAGGUUGAGGUAGAAGAGAAUGAGGACCGAGCUUCUGGUGAUUCCGAGAAGGUUGCCACACAGACUAUUGAGAACAAGGUUUGA